AUGGCAUCUCACACUCCCACACCCCUUCCUCUAUCCUCGCUUUCAGCGGUACCUUUGGUUCACUCCAAUCUCGAUACAUUUAAGACAGAGUAUCACCCAAAAUCUGGUCAUGCAACCUCCAUCAAGACUUUCCCUAUGUUCGGAUGCAAGCAAGAUCAGCAGCUGCCUAUUGUUGAAGAAGAACCUUGGCAGCCAUUCAGCUGUCGUGCAGACUUUGAAUUUGCCGAACUUGUGCACAAUGCUGCCCUUAAUAAGGACCACACAGAUGCACUAUUACAGCUCAUCUGGAGAAUCGUUGAUGGUCAAGCAAAUAUUACCUUCAAGUCCCACCACAAUGACCCAUUGCUGGCGCCACACUUCGUUUGGGAUGCGCAGCAGGUAUAUAAACAUGAUGGGACACAUUAUGAGCACUUUUACCAUGAACCUUGGACUGGGGAUCAUUGGUGGAAUGUUCAAUCAUCUUUACCUGAAAACACUGUCCCUUUCGCAUUCAUUCUGUAUGCAGACAAGACGCACCUUUCUUCCGCUGGUAUAGUCAAAGCUUAUCCAGUCUUCGCUCAUUGUGGAAACUUGCCAAUUCACAUCAGAAACACUGACAGGCUUGGUGGUGGGCGGAUGGUUGGUUGGUUACCAAUAGUUCCCGAAGAUUCUGAAGAGGACGGCAAGCUGUCACACGUGAAUCUUAAAUGUGUUGUAUGGCAUGAAGGGUUUUUCAAGCUACUUGAAACCAUUAUACUCUAUGCCAAGACAGGGUAUGUGCAUCUCUGUUAUGAUGGUAUUGUUAGGUGGUUAUAUGCAUUCAUUUUGCUCUUAUCCGCUGACUAUGAGGAACAAUGUGUCAUGGUGCUGAUAUGGAGGACGAAUUGUUGUUGCCCAUACACACAAGCUUGCAUAGAACUAUGGAAUAGGGACAAAACAGCUGGAGAAGAGGCAUUAAAAAAAUGGGGCCUUCGGCCAAAUGUCUUUUGGCGGCUCCCAACUUCCAACCCACACAAAACAAUCUCGCAGGACCACCUUCACAUGUAUCAUAUAGGAGAAUGGGGGAAACAUUUAUUUGUUACUAACAUUACCUACAGCGAUGGUAAUAAACUUAGGGACAUUUCCAUUUCUAAGCAAAUUUUAUAUACCACCCAAAAUGUACUGAUGCGCAUGGAUGAUGAAGCUGGCUAUGCACUUUUAUGGUGCAUAGCGAGUUAUCUCCAUAUUGACAUGUAUGUAUCUCUUGAUGUGCACACAGAGAGCACAAUCAAAGCAGGAAAAGCCAAGGUUUUAGAGUUUCAGAUGCAUUUAGAAGAAUACAUCGCAAUCGUCGAUGAGACUGAUCCAGAUGCAACCAAGAACUGGAAUUUCCCCAAAAUGCACGCCUCAAGGCACAUAUUUGACGACAUCAUAGUGAAAGGUGCCGCUCACAACUUCAGUACUCGACCGAAUGAGAAGCAGCAUGGACCAAGUGACAUCGCUAACCAGAUUAUCGAACUCGAUCACAAGAGCUUUGUUGCUGAAUUCGUUUGCAGCUGUAUCGACUAUCUUGAUGAGGAACGACGUAAACUUAUGCUCUUGCAGGAAGAACUUGAAGAAGACGACAACGACAAUGAGCCAUUUGAAGCUCACCUGCAUAUUGGUUUGCCCUUGAGGAAUCUUACCAGCCUAGCACAGAUACAUGAACAUCGCUAUCUCAAAGUCCAAUAUGAGUCGACCACUACCUGGAAGUUAACCACUGACUAUCUGCGAUGCAAUCCAAGUUUUCAUGGCCAUGAGCAUCUAAUUACCAGAGUCACGUGA